AUGCUACCGACACCGUACAUCAAAUGUGACUACGAGACGGUUUACGAACCCUGUGAAGACAGUUUCCUACUGCUUGAUGGCCUUGAACAGGAACAGUCGUUCCUCCAGACCAGAUUUAGGAACCAGUUAGCCAUCGUAUGUGAACUGGGACCAGGAUCCGGUAUUGUAACUACAUUUCUCAUGCAGAAUGACAUACCACAUGGUAAUGGAUCCAUCUAUUUGGCCCUAGACAUUAGUCCCUGGGCCCUUGAAGCUACACAGGAUGCCCAGAGAAGAAAUGAUUGCCAGAAUCGUUACCUUAGCGUAAUUCAAAGUGAUUUGACUAAAUGUCUCAGACAAAACAGUACUGAUCUACUGGUAUUUAAUCCACCAUAUGUACCAGCUGAACAAGUUCCUGAUAGGCCCUCUUCAAAUGAAAAUGACAAGAGUCAAUGGUUAGAUCUAGCACUUUUAGGCGGUGAAGACGGAAUGGUUAUUACUCGACAGGUGUUGGAUCAAUUGGAUACCAUAUUGUCACAACAAGGAGUUGCAUACAUUCUAUUCUGUGCAAGAAAUAAGCCUGAACAAGUUGCUGAAAGUAUGAGACAGCAAGGUUGGAAGGUUGAUCUUAUCAUUAAUAGAAAGGCAGGUUGGGAAGUACUGAGUAUCUAUCGAUUUAUUAGACAAUAA